AUGGACGGGACGACAAACGCCUUCCAUUCUUAUCCGACGCCUCCUCGAUCUCCCCCUAAUGGCUUAUCAGACACCAGCGAGCAGUCGCCGAUUACCGUGAUCGCCUCCUCUAGGGCAAUCAGGUCUGGACAGCUGACUGCGGCUACCAUUAUCAUAUCGAAUGCCACUGGCAAGAUAACCGCAACCUUUGAUUCAGUCCUCCCUGCCUCCGACUUUCCCCCCAACACCCCAUAUACCGAUUACUCUCCACAUAUCUUGCUGCCAGGCCUGGUAGACGCUCAUGUACACCUCAAUGAACCUGGCCGAACGGAAUGGGAAGGGUUCUAUACCGGCACCCAGGCUGCGGCCUUUGGAGGGGUCACGACCGUGGUGGACAUGCCCCUAAACGCGGUCCCUCCGACCACAACUGUGGCCGGACUCCAAGAGAAGAUUAAGGCUGCUCAAGGUCAAUGCUGGGUUGAUGUUGGGUUCUAUGGUGGCAUCGUUCCCGGAAAUGAGGGAGAGCUCAAGGCUCUGGUAAGAGAAGGAGUUAGAGGCUUCAAGGGAUUUUUGAUCGACAGUGGUGUCGAAGAGUUUCCGGCAGUCUCCUCGACCGAAAUCCAGAAAGUAUUUGAGGAACUGGCAGAUGAGCCUACCACGGUCAUGUUUCAUGCGGAGAUGAUCCCUCCCAUUGCUGAUUCGGUUGGCGACGAUGUCCAGACUUCACUGCCACCCCUCCAGCCUCAUGGACCGUUAAAUGCAUACAAGACCUUCCUGGAAUCGAGACCGCCUGCCUUCGAGACUUAUGCCAUCGAAGAGAUUCUGUCACUGGCGCAUCUUGCGCCAAACCUGCCGUUGCACAUUGUCCAUCUAUCUGCAAUGGAAGCAAUUCCGCUCUUGAGAAAAGCUCGCACUCAAGGCAUCAACAUCACGGCCGAGACCUGUCCGCACUACUUAUCCCUGGCGGCUGAGCAGGUUGCAUUGGGAGACACCCGUCAUAAAUGCUGCCCUCCAAUUCGAAGUCAGUCAAACCAGGACACGCUCUGGAACGAGUUGCGACAACAUGCAGAGGAAGGUGUCAUCAAAACUGUGGUUUCCGACCAUUCUCCUUGCACGCCAGAUCUCAAGCUUCUUCCGUCGCACUUCCCAGGACAUGCCUGUGUGCCCAAGGAUACUGCAAAGGCCCUGCCGCUAGAGUCCGAUGCUGGUGAUUUCUUUUCUGCAUGGGGUGGUAUCUCGUCAGUCGGGUUAGGUCUUCCAAUCUUGUGGACGGAGAUGACAAGAAGAGGGCUGACCGACUCUGAUACCGCCAUCGCUGACGUGGUCAAAUGGUGCUGUAUCAAUACCGCCUCCCAAGUGGGUCUCGAGAAGCAAAAGGGUGACAUUGCGGUUGGCUUCGAUGCCGACAUCUGCGUCUUCGACGACACUGCGGAAUGGGUUGUGGAGCCAAGCACAAUGCUGUUCCGGAACAAAUGCAGCCCGUAUCAAGGCAAGACAAUGAAGGGCCAAGUGAAGGAGACAUUGCUCCGGGGCCGACAGGUUUUUGUCCGUGAUGGUCCCAACAAUGGGUUUGUUGGUAAGGAAUGUUCUGGUCAAUUGUUACUGGAGCCUCGCCGGAAGGAGUUGAAGAAGGUCAAAAGUUGGUUCAGGCGCUGGAUCUACGACUUUUCAGACCAGUGA